GCGAGCCCGGCCGGAGCAGGGCCCGGCUGCGCUCCUCGCUUCCCAACGCGUCUCUCCCGGCCGCCCGUUUCGGCCGCGAUCGCCUCCAGGCAGCGCCAGGGGAGCCCGGGCUGGGAUUGCUGUGCCCCGCUCGCCCUUCUCCAGCCCUCGCCGUCCCCUCUCCCCUGCGGCCGGGGAGAUGAGCUUCUUCGGCUUCGGGCAGAGCGCCGAGGUGGAGAUCUUGCUGAGCGAUGCCGAGAGCAGAAAACGGGCCGAGCACAAGACGGAGGACGGGAAGAAGGAGAAGUAUUUUCUCUUCUACGAUGGGGAGACGGUCUCCGGGAAGGUGAGCCUCACCCUCAAGAAUCCCAACAAGCGGCUGGAGCACCAGGGCAUUAAGAUCGAGUUCAUCGGGCAGAUCGAGCUCUACUAUGACCGCGGGAACCACCACGAAUUUGUGUCUCUAGUGAAGGACUUGGCUCGCCCUGGAGAGUUCACCCAGUCCCAGACCUUUGACUUUGAGUUCACCCACGUGGAGAAACCCUACGAAUCAUACACGGGGCAGAAUGUGAAGCUGCGGUAUUUCCUCCGAGCCACCAUUAGCCGACGUCUCAAUGAUGUCGUCAAAGAGAUGGACAUCGUGGUGCAUACUCUCAGCACGUACCCGGAGCUCAACUCCUCAAUCAAGAUGGAGGUGGGCAUCGAGGACUGUCUGCACAUCGAGUUUGAGUACAACAAAUCCAAGUACCACUUAAAAGAUGUGAUCGUAGGCAAGAUCUACUUCCUGCUGGUCAGGAUCAAAAUCAAGCACAUGGAGAUUGAUAUCAUCAAGAGAGAGACUACAGGGACAGGCCCCAACGUAUACCACGAAAAUGACACCAUAGCCAAGUAUGAAAUCAUGGAUGGGGCACCUGUGAGAGGAGAAUCCAUCCCUAUCCGGCUCUUCCUAGCGGGCUACGAGCUGACCCCCACCAUGCGUGACAUUAACAAGAAGUUCUCAGUGCGGUAUUACCUCAACCUGGUGCUGAUUGAUGAGGAGGAGCGGCGCUACUUCAAACAGCAGGAAGUGGUGUUAUGGCGAAAGGGGGACAUCGUGCGGAAGAGCAUGUCCCACCAGGCGGCCAUUGCCUCUCAGCGCUUCGAGGGCACCUCCACCCAUGCAGAAGCCAGGACCCCCAGCCAGCCGGUGGAGAACAACGGCCGGCAGUGAGCUGCCCGCACAGCCGGGCUGCCAUGGGGUGCCCACCUUCCAGCUCCUCGGCUACGGCUGGGGGCAGGUGGACACUCGGCAGAGACUCUUCCGACGACCGAAAAGAAAUAUCCGUUUUUGACUUACAUCCCUUUCUCUGAAGGACCGGGAGCUUGACAGGGCGGACUAGCCAAGCGGUGGCAGUGACAGUGUCCAGACAGGCUUCCUCCCCGGGGGUGGCCCUGAGCAGCUGAUAUGCUUUCGGGGCCAAGGAGGGGUAGAGACCGGGGGAGGGAGAGCUGUGUCUUGACAGCCCCCGGGUUUCCCCCCUCCCCCCUCCUUUCGAGAAGUAGGAGGAGGAAGAGCAAAUGAGCAACCUGGUAGACCUUGGAGCAGGAGGCAGCGGUCUCCGUGAGGUGGGACGCCGAGCGGUAGCUCCCCAUGGUGUCUGGGGGGGCAGCGUUUCCCUGGUCCCUGAGAUGCCGAGGCUUUCGGGUCAGUGGAUCGUCCCAAAACACGCAGCCUGGCCCAUCAGUAGGAUCGUCCCAUUAUGGCCUCGGGUGUUUCAAGUCGCUGUGAGGAUGGGGGACUUCCCUGGGGCUCCAGAAAUAGGACAGAGCCAAGACAGCGGCCGGGUCCUGCGUGGUAGGAACGGACAGAGCUAGAUAGAACGUGGCCAGCCUGGUGCCUUCCCAGACCUCUGUCUGAGGUAGGGCAAUGGGUGGGGAGGGCUGGGUGGGCUUCAGACCUAUCCUUCCAGCCCGUUUGGACAUGAAGAAAGAAGUCUGGGCCUGUGGGCUCCACUGUGCUUCUCUGGACUCCAAUCUGACUUUGGAACCUUGGUGCCUCCAUGCUCUAACCUCUCUGCCCCAUCCUGUUCCUCUCCCCCCACCCUCCCCACCAUCACACUGCCCCUGGGGGAGCUGGAGGUUAAAUCUGAGCCGCUGUCCUUGUUGAUGUUUAGAAACCUGGGAGACAGGGAGAGGAGGCGGGUUCCAGGUGGCGGCCACACAACUACAGCUUCAGGUGGGGGAGAGCUGGAGAACUUUGUGUUUGGGGAGGCAGGAGGGGGAGGGUGGACGUUCGGGGAGGCCUUCUUCUAAAGGGUCAACUUUUACCUCUUCCCAGCGUGGGCUUCUGUUGCAGCCAAGUAUUUCUGGGGAUUCUGUUCCCCCAGAGGGUGGGGGCUGUCAUGGAGGGAUUUAUGGAUGGGCUUUCUGGAGUAGAGAAGUGGCCCCCCCACGCGCCACCACCCCAUCCCGUCUUCUAGCCUUGGAGCAACAGGACCACUUGAGCGUCUGUCCUGCGAGCCCUCCCAGCCUUUCUGUUCCCUUUGGAACAGAGCCUUGGCCUAGCUGCCUUCUAGCCAAGCCCCGGGGCACCCAGACUAAGGGCAGGACUGUCCCUUCAGUCGUCACAACUGUGCUAGCCACUCGAGUCAAUUCCGCUUGCCACAAGGUCUCUCUCUUCACUGGUAGUCUGGCCGGAGUAGGGCUAUUGUAUUCUUUUCUUUGUUGAAACUGCCCUCUAUUCCCACUGUGAGACAGCAGGGCCCUUUCUCUUGCAUUGUGUUCCGCCUUGCGUUAGCAUAAGGGCUGGCUGUCCAUCACCUCGAGGAGGUGGCUGAGAAGAGGACCCAGCUAUGUCAUCUCUAUCCUGGGUUGACUGGGAGCUGGCUCAUCGGCUGCCGCCUCUUGUGUGAACUGGGCCCCGGAUGGGGUGGGGAACUAAACCUCGGCUCUGGGUCUGUGCCCAUUAGCCACCCCCUCACGCUUGAUUGUGAGGAGCGACAGUGACUGCCCCCAGCCCCCAAUGCCCUCCAAGCUGCUGCCUGGCCCCGAGUGGCCCUGGACACUGAGGGCAGGGAAAUGCCUUGGGGAGGGUUCCCGUCCACCUGCUGGCAGCCAGUGAGGGCAGGGACGCUGUGGCUCCCUUGUCUACCACUGAGGCCCACCCACCUGUGAAUGCUGCAUUCGUGCCGACCAGAGCCACCCACUCCCAUGCUUGGCUGUGGACUGUGCAGGCCUGAAAUUCCAUCUUGGAUGUUGGAGGGAAGGGAAAAUUAGGUUGUCUAUCAAAGUGGGGCUCAUUUUCCCCAGAGCUGCUCCCAGCUUGAGGCCCGUGAUGAGAUGAUAAAUACAUCCAAGGAGGUGUCUCCUUUUGCAUAACCAAGGUUUGGGUACAGGGAUGGGGGGGUGGGGGUGGCACAGUAUGGGGCCCCACAAAGCGGAGGGUGGGGCAACCGUCCUUCCUUCCUGGCCAGUGGGCAACCCUGCCCCCUUUGGCGAUCUCUGAGUUCCAAGACUUACCUCUAUGGGGUUGUUUUCCAGCAGUGUAAUUAGGGGAAGCAAAGAUGGCAGUGGGGUCCCCCUUCUCCCCCCCAGAGACUAAGCUCUUUUCCCACUUGGCCCCUUCUCUUUCUCCUCGGGCUAGCUGCUGCGAGAGCAGCCUUAGUUGAGGAGUAUGUAGGUACUAAACCAAGCAGUGCAACUUGUAAUUAAGCAGCUGCAGUGUUUACAUGUUUCUUAAUUUGUUGUCUUUUCAACGGCUGUAUUUUAAAAACUCUGAUUAAAAGGGAGCCACCCUGACCGGCAGAGCCAUGCACUGGUUGGGCAGUGGUUGUGGGUUUUGUUCUGACCCAAGGGCUGUGGCUCCAUCCUUGGAUGGGGAUGAACAGCUGCCAUCUUUUGGCCCUGCUCUCACCUCCCUCUUCUCCACAUCCCUACCCCUGUGUAGCGUGAGACCAAAGUGGGUCGCUAAAAUGCCCAGUCCAACCAUUUUUUUCCCCCACCAGACGGGGCUAGAAAAGAGCCUGACUUCUGUGACCCUAGGCCCUGGCUAUCACUCUCUGAAGGACAUAUCUACAAACUAGCCCAGAGGGAAAUGAGGUGCUUGCCUGAGGCCCGAGCUGGAAAGUAUGUUCAAUCCACCCUUCACCAGGUUGAUCUUAACCCCACCCAAUUAACCAGGCUCAAGUCUUGAACCAGAUGGAGCUCAGACAGGGGGGAAAACUCCCACAUUCCAAUAUACCCUUAGGAUGGCCCUAGUUCAAGAAGCCCUAGCUACAGGCAAAGAUCCACACUCUCAACUCAACUUGUACCUGGACACUUUUAUUAAAAAGAUCAGACAUACACACAGCAAAGGAAAUAACCAGCAAGGCCCCUCACCUCUGGAGAGAUGGGCCAAGCAGUCUUGCUUUGAGCGAAAUGUUUCCAGCUGAAUCCUGUUAAGUUGGCUUCUUGUCCUCAAGGCUCACAAUAAACUCAAAUUCCUCUGCAGAAGAAA